AAGGACGAGCAGCGAGCCAAGGCAUCGUCGUGCUGAGAGGAGCAAAAAAUUCCCUUUUCUGUCUCUCGUGUUCUGGUGGAUCUCUUUCGAGGUUAUUCAGCUUUUUGGACAAGGAAACAUGACGUCGCCAGCAAAAUUCAAAAAGGAUAAGGAGAUCAUAGCUGAAUACGACACUCAAGUGAAAGAGAUCCGUGCCCAGUUGGUAGAGCAGCUGAAAUGCCUUGACCAGCAGUGUGAGCUUCGGGUCCAGUUACUGCAGGACUUGCAGGAUUUCUUCCGCAAGAAGGCAGAGAUUGAGAUGGAUUACUCCAGGAAUUUGGAGAAGUUGGCUGAGAGAUUCCUGGCUAAAACUAGGAGCACCAAAGACCAGCAAUUCAAGAAGGACCAGAACGUGCUGUCCCCAGUGAACUGCUGGAACCUGCUGCUCAACCAGGUGAAGAGGGAGAGCAGGGACCACACCACGCUCAGUGACAUUUAUCUCAACAACAUCAUCCCGCGCUUCGUGCAGGUCAGCGAGGACUCAGGGCGCCUCUUCAAGAAGAGCAAGGAAGUGGGCCUGCAGCUCCAGGAGGACCUGAUGAAGGUUUUGAAUGAGCUCUACACGGUAAAUCAAACUCAUUUCUUGGCACCUCCUCGCCCAGAAGGGAGAAGUGUUCGAUUUCUGCCUGAGAAAUGCUGCAAUCCCUGCUCUAAACCUCCAAAAAUCCCAUUUUUCCCCCUCUGUUUUUGUGUUGUUUCAGCUCUCUGAGUGUUGUGUCCCCUC